AUGGGUCGCUGGGGUUGGCGUCUUUUCGAAGGCGAUCAGGAUAUGGAUGAGGCCUGUUGCCUGGCAGGAUCCCUGGGGUUCCAAACCGACGACUGGGAGCACACCAUGAGCUCAAUGGUGCACCAGAUUGAUAUGCUGGCUGGCCAGGCGGCACGUGCGUUCUACAGAACGGAGGAGUACAGACGGGAGCUGCAGAACCAAAUCGUGCCCUACGUCUGCGAGAAAUUCGACACCGAUAACUUUGGCGACAGGCUCUUUGCUGCUUCUCGUGCCCAGGAGGAUGACCGGGUAAUCCCUUAUACAAAGUACAGGACCGUCAUCCUGGGCGCGCUCAUGAUGCGUGCUGGGGCCAGAAUCAGGGCUGAGGAUCUCCAGCACUUGAAGGAUCUGGUGCCGCAGAUUCAUUGCAACUCACGGUUUGCGUUGCCAAUCUGCGACGAAGGAUUCCGUAGUCCCGGUCGAGCUCAGUUUCUCGCGGCUCUAGACCAUUACCAGGCUGGUGUGCCACGCAACUAUCAGGAGCCAAGGUAA